AUCUUCUAUCAUCAUCCUCUUAAGCAGAACUGCAUCCAGCUCCAUCACUGACAGUGACACAGAGAAAGAUAAACAGGCAAUAGAGAAGAGAAGAGAUUGUUUUGAGCAGUGUUUUAGAGGAAAAAGAAAGAAGCUCAUCAUGUCUUUUGAAGUGAAGGAGAAGACAGAGGUGCGUCUGGUGUUUUUGGGAGCAGCUGGAGUGGGGAAGACAGCACUCAUCCAACGCUUCCUCAAAGACACCUUUGAGCCCAAGCACCGACGCACAGUGGAGGAGCUCCACAGGAAGGAGUUCGAGGUGGCCGGCGUCAAAAUCACCAUCAACAUCAUGGACACCAGUGGAAGCUACUCCUUCCCCGCCAUGCGUAAGCUCUCCAUCCAGAGCAGCGACGCCUUUGCCCUGGUCUACGCCGUGGAUGACCCCGAAUCCCUGGAGGCGGUCAAGAGUCUCCGAGAGGAGAUCCUGGAGGUCAAAGAGGACAAGUACACACCUAUCGUGGUGAUAGGCAACAAGAUAGACCGCCACAACGAGCGCCAGGUGUCCAGCAAGGACGUGCUGUCCACGGUGGAGCUGGAGUGGAACCACAGCUUCCUGGAGUCAUCCGCCAAAGACAACAUCAACGUGCUGGAGGCUUUCAGAGAGCUGCUCAAGCAGGCCAACCUGCCCAGUCGGUUCAGCCCGGCGCUGUGCCGGAGACGGGAAACCUUACCCAAGGAGAGCAACAAACGUCCUCCUAUGAACAAGACCAAAAGCUGCCUCAUCUCAUGAUGCUGUGGAGCUGCUCAGAGGGCGACGACGCCAAAAGAGGCCGAGAGGAAACCGCCAACAAGUGAAAGGGCUUUGUCGGCGGGGAGCUACAUACCAAGAGACAGUGUUAAGUGUGUUAUGGUAUAUGUAGUAAAAAGAAAUGUCCACCUCAUCAGGCAUCAGCACCAGAGAUGCUUGAAGACACAAAGUAAAGUGUUUGAACACUGAAGAAAAAUUAAUGUGAGGUUUCAUUUUUAGGUUUUGAUAUAUUGGUGAAAUGAUGUGCGUUUAUUCGAGUGUGUUGACAGAAGAUUGUUUUACGAAGUGAACAUCGGAAGGAGGAACAUGUCGUGAAUUAUUGUGCAGCCUUUUGUAAAACAUGCUUACUGGUGUUUUUCUCUCUUUUUGUUUGACUAAUAAAUUCUUUUUUUAAUAGAU